GCUUUUGUCUUUGCAGAGCCAUGGGCAGCAAGAAGAAGGAAAUUGCCCUGCAGGUCAACAUCAGCACCCAGGAGCUUUGGGAGGAAAUGCUCAGUUCCAAAGGACUAACUGUUGUGGACGUCUAUCAAGGCUGGUGUGGCCCCUGCAAACCUGUGGUGAGCCUCUUCCAGAAGAUGAGGAUCGAGGCCGGCCUGGACCUCCUGCAUUUUGCAUUAGCAGAGGCAGAUUGUCUUGAUGUCCUUGAAAAAUACCGAGGGAAGUGUGAGCCGACUUUUCUGUUUUAUGCGGGUGGAGAACUGGUGGCUGUGGUUAGAGGGGCAAACGCCCCACUGCUGCAGAAAACCAUCCUUGACCAGCUGGCGGCGGAGGAGCGGGUGCUGACUGAAGGCAAAGAACGGAAAGUGAUCAGAGAUGAGGCUCUCACUGAUGAGGAUGAAUGUUUACUCCAUGAAAAGGACGAUGGUGAAGAUGAAGAUGUGGUUUCAUCGGGAAAGACUUGUACCUUGGCCAUCAUUAAACCAGAUGCAGUGGUACAUGGCAACACUGAUGAGAUCAUUAUGAAGAUCCAAGAAGCUGGGUUUGACAUUUUAACCAAUGAAGAGAGAACCAUGACAGAGGCAGAAAUGCGGCUCUUCUACCAGCAUAGAGCUGGAGAGGAAGGAUUUGAGAAGCUGAUACAUCACAUGUGCAGUGGGCCAAGCCAUCUCCUGGUCCUCACGAGGACCGAGGGUGCUGAGGAUGUGGUCACCGCCUGGCGAACCCUCAUGGGGCCCUGUGACCCCAAUGUGGCCAGGAGGGAGCAACCUGACAGUCUCCGUGCUCAGUAUGGCACAGAAAUGCCCUUCAACGCCGUCCACGGAAGCAGAGACAGAGAAGACGCCGACAGGGAACUGGCACUGCUCUUCUCCAGCUUCAAGUUUUCAGACAAAGGGACAGAAGCCCCUCAGGGUAACCAGGCCCAAGGGGCGGCGGGCCCUGCCGAGUCACCAGGCUCCAUGGACUGA